AUGACACUGGCAGGUAUGAGUCGGACCGGCACAGGCCUUUGGGCCGCUGCUGUGCUCCUGCUCCUUCUGUGCGCGUCGCCGCUUCUUUAUUCUUCUACAACAAAUAUCAAUGUCGUCACCGCACCCAACAUCCAAAAUCUGCCUCGGGAUGCUGCUGCCAUCUCGAUUAAGCGUCGUGACACUGCCGCGAUUCCCGACGCUCGUCGUGGCGUUGCCCACACCAACCCCCUCAAGCUCACCCCUCACGAGCCUCUUCUUUUCGAGGAACCUGUCGAGGGGUCAUCUCCCGACCUGUCAAGACGUUCCGAAGGCUUGUCAAAGCGGCGAGACGGGCCGUUGUACUGCCAUGACGGCCCCUGCAUUGACAACAGCUGCUGCGGCCCCGACAAUGUCUGCGGCUUUGGUCCUGAUUUCUGCGGGGAGGGCUGUCGUUCCAAUUGCAACGCGACGGCCAUGUGCGGCGAGCACAGCGAGUUUGCUGAGAUGCCUUGCGGAAUGAAAUUGUGUUGCUCGGCCAGCGGCUGGUGUGGUUCGACCGAGUCUUAUUGCCACAAUGCCGACCCCUUGCGAGGCACGUUGCCCUGUCAGGCCGGAUACGGUUCCUGCUACAUCACAGGCCCCCCAUCGUGCCCCUACGGCGGUGGCAGUACAGGUGGCCGUCACAUCGGAUACUAUCAGUCUUGGAACGUUCGCAACCGCCUCUGCAACAAGGUGUCUCCCAGACAGCUGAACACCACCGGAUACACUCACUUGUUCUACUCAUUUGCUUCCAUCGACCCGGUCACCUACAAGAUCGCCCAUGCUCAUCCCGAUGAUCCAGCUAUGAUGCGCGAGUUCACCAGCCUCGCCAAGCCCGGGCUGAAGACAUGGAUUGCCAUUGGCGGCUUUGACUUCAGUGACAAGGGCACGCCCACGCACUUCACCUGGAGCAGGAUGGUUGCCGACUACGGCCGUCGCGCUGCCUUCAUCUCGUCGGUGAAGGACUACAUGGACGAGUACGGCUUCACUGGUGUCGACAUUGACUGGGAGUAUCCCGGUGACCCUGACCGAGGCGGUAAUAAACUGGCUGACACGCGCAAGCUCGUUCUGUUGAUGAAGGAAAUGCGGGCAGCAUACGGCAGCAAGUACGGCAUCAGCCUGACCUUGGCGCCCGACUACUGGUAUCUGCGUUGGUUCGAUGCCAAGGCCAUGGAGCCCUACGUCGACUUCUUUGGCUUCAUGGCGUAUGAUUUACAUGGUCCGUGGGAUGCCGACGUCAAGGCUUUGGGUAGCAAGGUCCGUGGCCAAGCCGACAUUCGCGAGAUUUCCGAGAACACAAAGCCGCUCUGGUUUGACGGGCUGAACCCAGCCAAGCUCAACUUUGGUCUGGCGCUGUACGGCCGCGGUUACACCCUGGCAGACCCAACUUGCAACCAGCUGCUGUGUCCGUUCUCCGGGGGCAGCAAUCCGGCACCAUGCACCAAUUAUGAGGGUGUCAUGUCACUCCACGAGAUCCAGCAGCUGAUUGAUAAGAAGGGUCUCACACCGCAGUACCUCUCUGAUGCCAUGAUGAAGCAGAUCACCUGGGAUGAUCAGUGGAUUGGUUACGACGAUGACGAAACAUUCGCCGCUAAGAAAGCAUGGGCCGACUCGAGAUGCUUUGGCGGCACCAUGGUCUGGAGCAUCGACUUUCAAGUGGCUGGGUCCGGUGAUUCUGAGGACGAGAAGUACGGUGAUGUUGUGUACAUUGGUCAAGAGGUGUUUGAGACUCCGGCUGCACAAUGCCAAGCUCCCUGCAUCAUGGUCUUCCCUUCUAGCAGUUUAUCUGAACCCAAAGUCAUCACCAUGCAGCCCUACACGGCCACGUUGGAGGUCGGCACCACCACCACGACCCUGGUCGCCGUGAGCACACCGAGCACCACGACUGUCACGGUUGUUAACUUCUUCAAUCACUACGUCACAAGCGGACAGCAACCCGGUGCAGUCGUCACUCUACGACCGAGCUUCCAGCCGCCGCCCAUCAUGCUGGCGGUGACUGGCCAGGACGGACAGACAACCUCGAGAACUGUUCUUCCUCCGCCUCUGGGUGGCGGCGCUUCUGAUGGUGGUUACGGCGGUGAUCCAACCACGACCUCUGCAAUGGUUUCCAGCACCACAAGCUUUGUUGGGCCCGAGAAUCCGCCAGUACCAACACCCGUACUUGGUCUUGAAGACAUAUACGUGGAAGAUGAGGACGAUGACCUCCCGACCCCAACUAUCGACUUUCCCGGGUUUCCGCCCGACGCGACAGAAAUUAUCGAACCCGUGAUCGAAACCGAUAUCCCCCCACCCCCUGGCAAGACUCGUAUCAAGUGUGACGCGUGGUUCUUCAAUCUUUGCAUCGACUGGCCCGAACUUGACAUCAAGAUCUUCUGGUGGGACAUUGAGCUUCCCCAGGGCGAAGAUUUCGGCCCGGGCCCGCUCCCCCCCCGCUUGAUCAAGCGGCCGCCUGGCUGGACGUUUGGCUGCCGCACACCUCCGUGCUCUCUUCCGCCGUGGCCCAAGAUUAGGCGCGGAGGCGGUGGCGGGAUGCUUUCUGUCACACCCCCGGCUCCAAACCCUUGCAAACCAGUUACAGCAACACUCACCAUCUCGACAACCUCGUAUGGUACAACAAAGACUCAAGGCACCGUUCGAACCAUCACAACACGCACCAUGUCGAGCGAGUUCCCUAUACUUGGCUGUUCCCUCACGGACGCCACCUUCAGUGUAUCCGAAACCGCCUGCGCAACACCGCAACCCGCCCCCCGAUCGCUGGAUGAGCGGGCUGUGCUCGACAACGUACCGUCCGAGCUGAAAGAAGAUGACGACACAGCUGGGUCUGAAACCAGGCUCAAGCUGUUUGGGCGGGACUGCGAUACGAACAUGGUGGAUGUCAUCUUCAUCCCUACAGACCCUUUGAGCACUAAUAUUAGAUUUCGUCAGCAGCUAGAGGUUUCUAGGAUGGAGGGUCAUGUUGGGGGUUUUACGGUAAUCGAAUCGACGGAUCCUGUCUUUGUGGCCUUUUUCUAUGUGAAAAAGGUCAGCACGGCUUAUGCAAACUUUCUGCUCAAUCAGGGCGAUGAGCUUGGGGUAAGCUCCGUUUUACCGCCGCAAGGUCUUCUGCACAUGCGCUAA